GUUAAGCAGAGAGUUUCAUCAGUUGCGGUCUAGCGCUGGUUUGGGGAAGUUGUGUGUGACCGAAUGUAGUUAAAUCUAAACUGUCAAGUAUACAAGGGACAAUUUAUUAAUUAAAAGAUGGUGGCAACUAUGUGGACAGUCGUAUCGUUCUCUUUUUCUCUUCUUAUAACCCCAUUUCUGAUGGUUCUAUUAGGAAUAAUAUUUCUGGCCUCAAUCGGAAAAUCUCUUGGAGUUAGAAGACUUUACGUCAAUCUGUUGUUGAAGAUUUUUGAGCUUUCAGAGCAUCCAGGUUUCACUAGCAUAAUGUGCAGCAGUCCGAAAACGAAUUUUAAGAACACACUUACUUAUUUUGAGUAUGGACGUCAACACAUAGAAAUAGCACAGAAAGACCGCCAGGUGAGCAGAGAUAACUCAGAUGAUGAAGAAGAGGAAGAAGAAAAAGAACAAAAAGAUGUUUUAGAGGUUAAAGAAAACUGCAAUAAUGUCUGCAAUAAAACACCAGAAAAGAAAAUGAAUGGGGUGAUAAGCAAUAAUUUGAUCAGCAGAGAAGAUCUCAUCCUCGCACCAGAUCCUGUACAGAACUACAAAGGCAAUAACAAACAGGAAGAGACAUCCACUGCUCCUCCUGAUCUCAUUCGAAGGAGAUCAUUUGAGACGCUGAAGAGGGAAUUUCAGCUUUCAGAUCUCCUUGACUAUGUCAAGGCUGGAGUUGAAGCAAUAAUAGAAGAUGAAGUUACACACAGAUUUGAAGCAGAAGAACUCAAGUCCUGGAAUCUUUUGACACGUACAAAUCAAUACUAUGAAUUCAUCAGCUGGAGACUUACUGUUAUUUGGAUGGCAGGAUUCUUUGUCCGCUACUUCUUUCUACUGCCUUUACGUGUAAUGAUUUGUUUCAUAGGGAUAUGUUGGAUGCUGUCAUCAACUGGGGUGCUAAGUUUUGUACCAAAGUGCUGGCUGAAAAACUGGCUUGUUAACCAUGCCUACCGUAUAGCAUUUCGUAUCUUAGCAUGUUCUUUAACUGUCAUCUUAACAUCUCAUAACAUUCAAUACCGACCUAGAGCAGGGGGUGUCUGUGUUGCAAACCACACGUCACCAAUAGAUGUUGGCCUACUUUCCACAGAGACAACAUAUGCUUUGGUUAUGUGGUUGACAGCUUGUACAGCUGUUGUGGGCUAUGUUCCUGAGGGUCCAUUCAAGCGUUGGCUCAACCAUCGUGUUUCCAUAAUGUGCUUUGGUGUUUUGUCCAGUGCUCUGUCAUCUGUGAUUACCUACCACAAUCCAGAAAACAGACCUAAGAGUGGAAUAUGUGUAGCAAAUCACACGUCUCCAAUUGAUGUCCUCGUCCUAGCCUGUGAUAACUGCUAUGCCUUGAUUGGUCAGAGGCAUGGUGGUUUCUUAGGACUCCUCCAGCGAGCUUUAGCGAGAGCGUCCCCUCACAUUUGGUUUGAACGUUCUGAAGUAAAGGACAGAGAAGCAGUUGCAAGAAGGCUUCGUGAGCAUGUGUCUGAUCCUAACAAUCCUCCAAUUCUCAUUUUCCCUGAAGGAACAUGCAUUAACAAUACAUCAGUUAUGCAGUUCAAGAAAGGAAGCUUUGAAGUUGGAGGUGUCAUUUAUCCUGUAGCCAUAAAGUAUGAUCCAAAAUUUGGUGAUGCAUUUUGGAACAGCAGUCGUUAUUCAAUGAUGCAAUACUUGUACAUGAUGAUGACAAGUUGGGCCAUUGUUUGUGACGUAUGGUAUCUGCCACCUAUGUACCAGCAAGAGGGAGAGACAGCUAUAGACUUUGCAAACAGGGUGAAAGGUGUUAUUGCCAGGCAAGGUGGACUGGUAGAUCUGAUGUGGGAUGGGCAACUGAAGCGCAUGAAACCAAAGAAAGAGUGGAAAGAGAACCAGCAAAAAGAAUUUAGCAAGAGACUGAAACUGGAAUGAGGUUCAACUACAGUGAAACAUUUCCAUCAUUUUAUUGUUUUGAAAAAGUGGUCCCUGUGAUUUGCAGUCUUUUAAUUCUGGAUUAUUUUAUAUGUUUAUUGUUGUCUUUAUCUUUGAUAACAAGAAUGGCUGUGCAAACUAAUUUUGGUAGUACAGCUCUGUUUACAGAAAUGCUUUUUAUGCAAGUAUUUCUUAUGUUUACAUCCAGAAUUCAGUGGACUGACUAUUUUGUAUGGUGAUUACAUAUUUUAUGUCAAUUUGUGUUUGACAAGACAGGAUGAGAGUUAUAAAGUAUGAGCAAUUACAUAUGUUCCUGACAUGAUGAGUUGUUGUGUCUGCAUUAUCAUUUCUGGGGAUAUUCAUCCAGAAACUGGACAUGCAUAUCAUCUGAAUGCAUGUAGCCAUCCUCACCAAAGAAUUCACUGUAUAAAAUUCAUUGACCAUUUUUUUUAGUUUCAUUGAUAGUUGUGUAUUUGUAAUUAAACGUGUUUGUGUCAACUGUAGCCAUUAUAGCAUCAUAAUUUGUGGCACACAUUCCAUGUAUGCAUUUUCAUUUUGUUCUGUUUACAUCACAGUUUGUAUGACUUGUAAAUUGUGUAAAUGUUAAGCAGUAAAACUUGUGCUGGUGUGAUAGAACCUAUUUUGUAUAGACCGUACCAACAUUUUUAAUGUGCUUUUUAAUUAAUAAACUCACUGUGAUAACUGAAAAGCAACAAAAUUACUCCUGUGGAAUCUUGCAGAAGUGCCAUGGUGGAAGUAAGGUAUCAUUGAGCUUCAGAUAUAUCAAAACUGAGUGGAAACAACAGAGUGAGUUAACUCAGAUGGCAUUCAUUUUCAUUCAUACAGUUUUGAUUAUUCAGGACCCAGAUAUUGAUUCUGAAACAAUUCCAAGAACUUGCUAUCAUGUUCAGAUAAGACUGCUGGAUGGUGUGACUGAGACAAGGAAAUAUGAGGCUGUGUAGAGUUUUUAUGAUAUUAAAGGAGAGAAUAAGUGAAGAUGCCUAGUAAAAUGGGUGGGAACACACUUUGUAACUUGUAUAUAGGCACUAGGUAAUUUUUUAACUUGUUUUGAUGCAAUAAUGUCUUGAAUACAUUUCACUUAAUGUUUUUUUAUAUUUAUUGUGGCAAGGAAAAUAAGAGGGUUAAGCAAGAUUAUGGCACAAAGUAUUCCAUUAAAUAUUUUGAAUAACUUUAUCUAAGAAAUGUUGUGUUCAACUAUGACUUUCCUGAUAGCUUACUGUGAAGUUUUUUUUUUUUUAAGGUAAUAGCAAAAGCAAACUUCCCUAAUGAUCUUUCAAUAUUUUUGUACAUUGCACUUCAUAAGAUGAAGUAAAAUGACAGUAAAUUAUACAUGAAGACUGAACAAUAGGUGUAAAAGAAAUGAGAGUAUUGUUAUUCUUAUCUUAGAUUUUCAUUGUAUAUAGAAACGGACUUUCUAUUGUAAGUAGUCAUACCAGUCACUGCACUAAAUCUGUGAAGAAAAACUUUUGUAAUUUAUUUGUUUGUGUACUUCACAUUUUUAGAAAAUGUGUGUUAAAAUGGUGAGUCAAGCUGUUUUGUUGCAUUUUGUAUUGUUAUGUACUAGCAAAGCUUGUAAAUAAACUGGCAAUCAUUAAUGCUGUUUUAGGAA